AUGAUGAGACUUCAAGGAUAUGGUUCUGAUGGUCACUUAGUACAGUUUGACACAUUGAAGGAAAUUAUUGCGUCUUCGAAGUCAAACUCGAUGUUCAUUCCACACAGUCCAGGCAUUCUUAAGGACAUUGCUUCUCAUAUCAGGGAUGGUCUUCUUCAAGGUAACUCUGCUUUGUAG